AUGGCCGACGAAGUCGCUCAGCUCAAGCAGACGGUCGCGGCCCUGCAGAAGCAGGUGAUUACGCUGGAUGACCAGGAACAAAUCCGCCGGCUGCAGUACACCUACGGCUACUACCUGGACAAGUGCCUGUACAAGGAGGUCGCAGAGCUGUUUGCCGAGAACGAGGACACGUAUGUGCAGUUCCUCGGCGGCCGCUACCUGCGCAAGGAGGGCGUCCGGCGGCUGUACCUCAAGCGCUUUGGCGGCUUCUUUGUGGGCGGCCGCAACGGCCCCGUCCACGGCUUUCUGCUCGACCACCCGCAGAUGCAGGGCAUCGUCGACGUCACCUACGACGCGGCCGACGGCCAGCCGCGCGCCGCGGGCCGCUUCCGCUCGCUGAUGCAGGCCGGCGUGCACAUCAGCCAGGCCGACCGGCACCCGCGCGGGUUCACGCAGUGGUUCGAGGGCGGCAUCUACGAGAACGAGUACAUCAAGGAGAAGGGCGUCUGGAAGAUUUUGCACCUGCGCUACUUCCCCUUCUGGCACGGCGACGUCGAGCACGGCUGGGGCUACAAGGUGGCCGGCUUCGUGCCCUUCCCCACCAAGGUGUUCCCCGAGGACCCCCUGGGCCCCGACCAGCUCGUCGCCGCCGACCAGCGCAUGCUGUGGCCCGACUGCCGCGUCGUGCCGUUCCACUACACGCACCCCAUCACGGGCGAGCAGGUCAGCGACGUCGACAUGCAGGCGCCGCUGUACGGCGGCGACGCCAAGGACGCGCUGCCGGCCCUGAAGCUUGUGGGGUAA